AUGUUUAAUAAUAAGGAGCAAAUCCAUCAUAAGGUUAGGAUGGUAAAAACAACAAGAAAGUUAAUAAAUGCAUUUUGGGAUAAAAAAACUUUUAAAGAAUAUUUGGGAUAAAGUUAAAUUUUUAUUUAUAAUUUAUACUAUAAAGAAUGGUAAAAGUAGAGAUUAUGGAAAGAUCUAUUCCAAAACUAUUGGAAGAAAGUUAUUGAAAAUUAACAUUAUAAAUAGUUUAAAAUUGGAAAAUGGAAUUACUAUUGUUAAGGUGUGAAGAUGUAUAAAUUUUACAAAUUAUUUGGUGGUGAUUUAUACAACAAAGAUGAUUAUAAGUAAGGUAAAUAGAUCAAACUUGAUGAAGGUUACUAUAGUGAAAGAAAAGUCUCUCAUUAUGAUGAAUAUGAUGCGAAUUGUAGAAAGUUAGGUGGAUGGGAUAUUAUGAAUUGCAAUGUAUAAAGGAAGGAAUACAAAUAAAUGUUAAUAAUUUAAAAUUAAAAGGGAAUUUUAAAAAGAGAGGUGGUGAAUCAUAUGAUUAAGAAAGGAAUUAGAAAAAGAUUGGAAAGUGGGUUGAAUCGGAUGAAGAAUAUAAUGAUAAAAAGGUUUUUAUAGUGAA